GGAGGACGAGAAUCGAGACCAGGUCAAACCAGAGGGCAAACAAUGGAGGCAGUACAGGUUGAAAGCAUGCCUCCUCGGACAUAGAAGAAUGUCAGACAAAUUUAGGAAGAAGAGGGCAGCGAGUCAGGCCAUUACAGGUUUUUGUCACCCGGGCACGUUUGAACACUGUCACAGGCGUGAAGUUGCUUCGGAAGCAGAAGCGUGUACAAACAGAGCAGAGCAGAGCAUUGAAUUCAGGCGAUUGCAGCAGUUUUGAAACCAGGGAUGGAGGACAAGGUUUGAGUGAUUUAUUGGAGUCACUCGUAUUAGAGGUUGUGGAAUGGGGAUUAUCGGCAGGUGAGAGAGAAGAUUUUGCGAGAGGAAGGGCGGGAGGGAGAGGAUGGAUGACACCGUGGAAGAUUUCGAGGCUUUGUAUGGUCAGGCACGGGGCGAGAUUGUGAGCAGAAACGGGGCUGUGACUCAUCUUCCUUUCCUCUUCUCGCUGACGCCAACCGAUCUUCUCCAUCUGUGCCUUUGUAUAACUGAUUUCCACGACCAGACGUGGCGCGCUGAGUUCUCUGUCGACCAGCUGCAAGAUUUGAGAGAUGAGGUGGGAAUAGGCGGAUCCUGGAGCGAGUUUCUUGUGUAUCUGAGGGCGGCGUUGGUCUCCGACAAUGUUAAGCUUGUAUUUUCCGGACCUGCAAGUGCUGUGGAUGGUCAUGGUGCCACAUCUGCCAGCGUGGUGGCGCAGAAAGUCAAGGGAACUCCCCGACUGUCACUGCCAGUCACAAAGCUUGAUGGCUCACAUGUUCAAGAUGCUAUGGGAUCUAUUGCCCUGGGAUUAUUCCGAUUUUAUAAUGCUCAAUCUUCUAUAAUCAACGCAGAGAGAACUCGAGCCUCGAUUCUGUCCGCAAGUCUUGCCACAGAGAAGGCCAAAGUUGAAAAACUUCAUGAGCAGAUCGAUGCAUCUGGAGUAAGUUACACCGGUCGGAAGAGAAGUCAUAGGGAUAGGUCUGUUCAGCUAUUCUCUACACCAAGUGGCUCACAGCAAUCAAGUGCACCCUUUACGCAGUUUGAGACCCAAGAUGCUUCGAGGCGAACUCUUACACCUCCUACAAACACUUUAGAGCAGACCAAGGAUGUUGCAGCUGUAAAGCCGACAGGCACGAAAAGUAAACCGCAUGCUGCCCCCGCCUCACGCAGGGCGAAGCGGAGAGGUACUGCCAUAACUGAGCAUCCCGACUAAUAUGAAGUGAAGAUCAUGAUAAGGUUUGCAGCAAAGUGUGGUAGAUAAGAUCAUUCCAUUUGGGGAACCGUUGUUGUGCAGAGUUUUGUUUCGGUUACAUUACUCCGUAACCAUUUUAAACUAGUUACAUCGUUGACUCUAUUUGCACAGUACUGAGCAUCUCAGUACCAGUCAAAUGUUGUUGGACAGAUGGAUCGCUUGUAAGAUUCCGCACUAUGAGUUAUUUAAAGGUUUGUUAUGUUUGCUUUGUGAGAGUUUUAAACAAAGAGGUGCAAUAUUUGUGUGACUUUUGAUAUUGUGAAUUGACAGC